GAGCAGCAGUGACAGGAAGCGUCUGUCGCCGCUCAUUUUUCAUGUCGUGCUGUUAGAUGUCGUAUUUGAGCAGCUGCCGAUGUUUUAAACAGAGAAAGAAAAAACGAACUUGAUAAUUUCACUUUUUGUUUUAUUUUACUCUAUGUACACGCCUCAACUAAAUUAGAGAUCUUGAAAGUUUCUGAACAUUUUUGAUACUUUUGUAUGAACUUUUGAGGUGAUAAAAACUGGAAAUGGCUUCUGGAAGUCUGGGUCUAACCGAAGGUCUGGGUCAGGACAUCAGUCAGGAGGAGCUGGACUUUACAGACCUGUUUCUGUAUAACGCAGCUGGAGAGGACUUUCCUGGCAGUGACACUGGUGUUCUCCUCCAGAAUGACCAGCAGCCUCCCCUGCUGGUGGUCAACCAUCACACCCCCUUCAUCUCCACCUCCAACCAACCAGCCCCCAGUCAGGACCCCUCCUCUCACAACUCCACCACAAGCACCUGUCAGGGGUGGGCUGGACUCUCUAGGGCUGACAUCAAGACCGGGACCAUUCCUGCUCCCAGCCCCAGGAUUGAGAUCACUCCAUCAGGGGACUCCCUGAGCUCUCAGCCCCUGGAGCCAAGCCCUGGCACCAAAUCUCUAGGAGCCUACAGGGAUUGUGUGAGUCCUGCAAGCAGUAACUCCUCCACAGGUUGGCCCGUAGAAGCGUACUCUCCUUGGGCUUCACCCUUCUCCCCUUCUAAUGGUGGCAGUGGUGGUGGCAUGACAUUAUCUGCUUUAGACCUCUGUCCAGUCCUCCAGGGUAUCAACACCUCCUCUGCCCACUCCUCUCCUGGAGCUUCGCCUCGAAAUAGCAUCACAGACGAGACCUAUCUUCUGCCCCAGCAUCAACACACUGCCUCACCGCUCCCCCACCAGCGAUCCCGCUCUGCCUCACCACACGGAAAACGCUCUUAUGGCCUCGUCAGCUCCUGUCAAGGGGGCACUCCUGUCAAGCAGCGCUCCCGGAGUCAGCCCAUCCCCUCGCCCCAUGAACAACAGGGCUCCUACUACCUCCACCAGUACCAGGCCCAAGCUGAGUUCCAGCCUCCAACUCAGACCUUGACUCCUGGCUUGGAGGAGAUGCUGAGCAGCCUCAGCUCCAGUCAACCCAGAGCGAUGACCUCUGCAGGGGUGAGAGACACAUAUGCACAGACCCAGAGACAGGACUGUGUGUAUGGAGAGGGGUUUGAGUGGGCCUUUGAGCAGGAAAGGGGAGGUCGGGCAGGAGCUCCAGAAGUCAAGUCUGAACCCUUCUAUGUGAUUCCUGCUGUGUGGCCCACUCCUCAUCCAGUCCACCACGGAGCAUACAGUGGUCUCCCUAUGGCUCCUCUUCCGUCUUUAGAGUGGCCUUUGCUCAGUCAGUCCACUCAGUACGAGCUCCUCAUUCAACAACAUCCCAAAUCUUACCACAGAGCUCACUAUGAGACAGAGGGAAGCCGCGGAGCUGUCAAGACCCCAAAUGGAGGGCAUCCAGAAAUCCAGCUUCGCGGAUAUCAAGGCACAGCUCCACUGGCGCUGCAGGUCUUCAUUGGGACAGCCGACGAGAGACUGCUGAAGCCUCACGCCUUCUACCAGGUCCACCGCAUUACAGGGAAGACAGUCACCACACCCAGCAUGGAGAGGAUAAUAAGUGGGACCAAAGUGUUGGAGAUACCUCUGGAACCAAAGAAUCACAUGAGAGUGAUGAUCGACUGUGUAGGAAUUCUGAAGCUGAGAAAUGCUGACAUUGAGCUGAGGAAUGGCGAGACGGACAUUGGUCGGAAAAACACACGUGUGCGGUUGGUGUUUCGUGUCCACGUUCCUCAACCCGGAGGCCAGCUCGUCUCCCUUCAAGUCGCAUCUGAUCCUAUUGAAUGCUCUCAGCGCUCAGCUCAGGAGCUCCCUGCAGUCGAGAGGCAGGACCUGGACCGGUGCUCUGUCCUGGGUGGUCAACAAAUGGUCCUUACUGGGCAAUUUACAGCAGACUCCAAAGUGAUAUUCUCUGAGAAGACUCAAGAUGGAGAGCAGAUCUGGGAGGUGGAGGCCACAGUGGACAGAGACAAACACAAGCUAAAUCCACGACUACUCAAAACUGAAAGCAUAAUGCAAAACCACCCAGAACCACACUUUUAUCAGACAUCCUACAUAAACAUGCUUUUUGUUGAGGUUCCUCCGUAUCGAAAGCAGACCAUUCCCCACCCGGCCAAAGUCAACUUCUAUGUCGUCAACGGGAAGAAGAAACGCAGUCAGCCCCAGCACUUCAUCUACACGCCUCUAAUAGCAGUGAAAGCAGAACCCCUUGAUGACUUCACACUGAAUUCGUACUAUUCUGACAAUCAGUCCCUCUCCGGCCUGUCAAUGAAGUCCCUCUACCAUCCCCUGGAUCAGGACAGCAAUCUGCAAGCCUUGAAUGUUUCUCCAACACUGUACCAUCUAACCACUGUAGACCCCAGAGCCCAUGUGUUAAUCCCUGACCCACUGGAUGACCAUCCAGUCUACUACCAGUCCAGAGCAAACACUCUGAUCAACAGCCCCAUGGUGUACCACACUGCAAACCAGCGUUACAACACUGCGGUUCCCCUUGGCCCCCACUCAUCUCCCACUCCCAGCCAGUGCGUCGGUGCCAGAGCUCCUUUGGGACAAUUGGUAGAGCAUCCUCUGGUUGGUGAUCCAUUCGAGGGUUUAGUGUCUAGACAUCAGAGUUUAGUGCAGGUCAGCCUACAACUAGGGAAGUCACCACCUUUAGGAUACAUCCAAGGCCAGACUCCAGUGAAGGCUGGAGGUAGAGUGGAGCAGGUGGCCACUUUGACCCAGAUCAGCUCCAGUAGAGGAAACCAUGAAGAACAAGCUCCAGAGAGGGUCACCAUCAAACAAGAAAUCAACCGCUAUGCUUGCCUGGAGGAUGUAAAUGAUAUCAUAAGAAGAGACUUGAAAGGACACAACGGAGAUUGAUACUGGACGUCUACAACUGCACUGCCUGACAGAAAGUCUUUAACAACAAUGAGCAAGACUGUGGGAAAUUGUUCCAGGAUGACAUAAAAAUAGGUCCAUUAUAAGUUUAUGUUGACUUAAUUUUAGGUUGAAUUUGUGUUUUAUUAUUGAUUUUGAUACUAUUUAGCGGAGCUCUUCACUCUGCAAUAUUCAGGUUUUAAACUGAGCUAUAACAUUGUACAUUAAAACCAGGUGGGCACUGUAAGCCUUAUUUUAUAUACACUGUAUACUUAGCUAAACAAACUAUUGUCACAGCUUACACCUUGUAUCUGUUUUGCCUUUAUUUUAUGCUAUAUGACUGCUCUAUGUUUACAUAUUUGUACCAUUGCUCAUUGAA